AUGACCUCCGCGAAUGAGGAUGCCUUGCCCCAAACUGUCCAGGGAUGGCUUGAACUGGACAAAAAAUACCGGAUCAAGGGUCGAUAUGACAUUUCCCAGGUUUUAAUCAAGGGCGAGGGUGUGCGAGUCUGGGACGCGGACGGCAAAGUCUACAUUGAUUUUGAAUCCGGACAAGUUUGCGCAUCCACCGGUCAUUGUCACCCAGCCUACACCAAGGCCAUCGUUGAUCAAGCGGGGCAGCUUGUGCAAACUGGCUCAGGGUACACGGAUCCUCCACGCAUCCUGUUGGCCAAAAAGCUUGCUGAGAUAAUGCCUGGAGAUCUCAGUCGCUCGUAUUUUGCAUGCACAGGCUCCGAAGCGACUGAGGCUGCCAUCCGACUGGCCAAAAUCUACACUGGUCGGACUGAAAUCGUAGCAUUGACGCGUGGCUACCACGGAAUGACUCAUGCGAGUUUGUCUGCCACUGGAUUAGGUGGUAAAUUCAAGAGCAUCCCGGGCAGUGGUCUCCCUGGUUUCAUACAUAUUCCAACCCCAUAUGCAUACCGCAGCCCGUACAAAGACGAUGCCGAUGAUAUGGCCGCCUUUCGUCAGGGUAUGGAAGCAAUCAACUGGACUACUACAGGGAAGCCUGCUGCUAUCAUCCUCGAAGUAGUCAUGAGCGUUGCGGGAAUGAUCAUCCCUUCCAAGAAGUAUGUUCAGGCCGUGCGCGAGUGGUGUACAAACACGGGAACAUUGAUGAUCAUCGAUGAGGCACAAUCGGGUGUUGGACGGACCGGCAGGUGGUUUGCCAUUGAGCAUUUCGAAGUGGUUCCGGAUAUAAUCACUACAUCGAAGAGUCUAGGUGGCGGGGUUCCUCUAUGUGGUGUCACUACAACCCCUGAAAUUGCCGAUCGUGUCGCUGAGUUGGGCUACCACCAAUCAUCCUCCCAUACAGACGAUCCCUUCCUGGCAGCCGUUGGCCUUGCCAAUAUUGAGAUCCUAGAGAACGAGAAAUUGGUCCAAAAUGCGGACGUUAUGGGGCGAUAUCUGAAGGAGAACUUUGAGAAGAUGCAGCGCGAACAUGAGAUUCUGGGCGAUGUCCGUGGACUGGGUUUGAUGAUCGGUCUCGAAAUAGUCAUUGACAAGGCCAGCAAGGCACCAUCACCCCUCCAUGCCAGUGCCAUCAGUGAAUACUGUCGUGCGCAUGGACUUCUGCUGGGCCACCGGCCGACUGGAGCCGUUAGUGGCAACAACAUUCGAAUUCUUCCACCAUUGAUUUUGAGUCACUCAGAGGCUGAUGAAGCUCUCGCUAUUUUCAGGGAUGCUGUCAUCCAUGCCGAGAAGACUGUAAAGGCUCAGCCCCCGGCUGGAACAGCUUGGAUGUAGGCAAUAUUGUC